AUGUUAACCAUUCCGGACUUCCGGAGAUUAAAGCGGUUGUCUCACACAAGAAACUAUACAUCUUGGAUCCUAAUCUCGGUGAACACACAAGCCACCUUCGUCCUCCCUCUGGACAAGAAAUGGAAGAACAACAACAUUACCCUGGAUGCCCUGAACAGGGGCGGCCUGCUCCCUAGGGACGGCGUCGAUACGAACGCCAAGGGGGGNGGGGGGGGCAGCCCUUUGGGCCACAGCGGAACGUCAGGCGACGUGCAGUCGUGCAAGAUUCUCAACUGGGGAGACCAGGCCAGGGACAGAGAUGACGACGCGAGAUACUGCACGCCGCCGCCGCUGGACCUCUGCACUGUGGUUGCAGGGUCGGGUUCCGGAGGGACGUACGAUGUGGUCGUAUUUGGCGGCUCCGAGAGGUACCGGGGCUCGUCCGACGUGCGUGUCCUCGCCAUCCCGCGCUUCCGCUGUUUCAGGGUGCCCAACAUCGACCGGGACCAGUGCGCAGUCGUGGGGGAUGACCAGCGGCAGAUGCUUUUGCUCGGCGGAAGCGUCAAGAGGCCGGCCUGA